GGGACAAGAAGUUGUUGCAACCAGGGACAGGGUGACGAGAGGCCGCGCCAGGGGAUUGGUUCCCAGCGGGGGGAGAGGGGCUUGGAAGUGGGGAGCGGACACCGGGAAGCAGAGACCGGGACAGGACGGCGAGAGGCCGCGGCCAGAGAGAGAGCGACAGGGACUUUCCACUGCGAGAGAGGAAGCGGGGGGCCGGGGCAGGAGCCUAGUUAUCGUGGAGUGGACUGGCUGGGCACCAGGGCAGGGCGGCUGCAGCGAGAGACGGGGACCAGGCUCCGGGAGCGGCCGGAUCCAGAGCGCCAGGCGGCGGGGAGCAGCGGUGGCUGGAGCCGAGACGUCGAGCUGUCAGGAUGGAUGAUGCCUACAGCCUGGGGACACAGGACGCGGAUGGUGACUUUGGGCAGCUGGAUCUGAACAUGUUGACCAAUGCCGAGGCUGCCCUCAUGUCAGCCGGAGGUCCGUUUAUCGACAUCUGUGAACAGCCGAAGCAGCGUGGCUUCCGUUUCCGCUACGGGUGCGAGGGUCCAUCACACGGGGGGCUGCCCGGGGCGUCCAGCGAGAAAAACCGCAAAACCUACCCCAGUGUCAAGAUCUACAACUACACGGGCAAUGCCAAAGUACUCGUGCAGCUGGUGACGGCCAAGGAGCCGCCGCGACUCCACGCCCACAGCCUGGUGGGGAAACAGUGCACGGACGAAGGGAUCUGCAUUGUGCAUGUGGGGCCCAAGGACAUGAUGGCACAGUUUACUAACCUGGGCAUUCUCCACGUCACAAAGAAGAAUGUUCCGGAGGUUCUACAGGACCGGAUAUUUAACGAGCUGUACCAGAAGAAUCCUCUGAGCUCUCAGGACUUUCUCAGCAAGUCCCUGCUGUCGGGGCAGGAACUGCAGAGCCUGAAGCAGGAGUCUGAGCAGUUGGCCAAGGAGAUGGACCUGAGUGUGGUCAGGCUGCGCUUCACCGCCUUCCUCCCCGACAGCCAGGGCAUGUACACCCUGCCCCUCCCAGCCGUCAUCUCCGACCCCAUCUUCGACAGCAAGGCACCAAACGCUUCCAACCUAAAGAUCGUCCGGAUGGACAAGACCUCGGGCUGUGUGAUGGGCGGAGAUGAGAUCUACCUCCUGUGUGACAAGGUCCAGAAAGAUGACAUCCAGAUCCGUUUCUAUGAGGACGAUGAACGCGCCUGGGAGGCAUACGGAGACUUUGGUCCCACGGACGUCCACAGACAGUUUGCCAUCGUUUUCCGGACUCCGCGAUACUGGGACAUCUCCAUCGAGCGGCCCAUCACAGUGUUUGUGCAGCUGAAACGCAGGAAGGACGGGGAGACGAGUGAAGCCAAGGCCUUCACCUACUGCCCCAGAGUGGAAGACAAGGAAGAAGUGAAUCGCAAGAGACAGAAGAGGCUUCCUCAUUUCUCCGAUCACUUUGGUGGAGGGGGUCCCUCGGGAGUUCCGCCGGGGAUCGGGGGUGGAGGAGGAGCGGGUGCUGAAGGAGCGGGUUUUAGUUUCCUCGGUUACACGAGUAACUUUGGCGGCGGGCUGUGGACGGGCCAGCAGGGGAUGCAGCAUGCCACCGAUACACCAGGAGCGAUGGAGAUGGGCAGACAGGCACCAGGAGCCACGGAACUGGGCAAGGAACAAGAACGCCCGCAUGGUGCCCCAGCCCAGUCAACGGAGUGCACCCCAGGAGAGGGGCUGCUGCCCACUGACUGCCCGGCACUGCCCAGUGACCAGCCGGCCCACCACGACGUGUUGUUGGGCGUUGGCGCGCUGCAGAUCACGGAGCGGACCGCGCGGGCACUGCUGGACUACGCCGUCACGGCCGAUGUGCGCAUGCUGCUGGCGGUGCAGCGACACCUCACCGCUGUUCAGGACGAAAAUGGAGACACGUCGCUGCACCUGGCCGUGAUCCACCAGCAGCCACUGGUGGUGCAGCAGCUUCUCCAGGUGAUUGUCAGCAUUCCCUGGCAGAACAUCAUCAACCUGCCCAACCACCUGCGCCAGACUCCGCUCCACCUGGGGAUCAUCACCCAACAGUAUAAGAUUGUGGAGUUGCUGCUCACCGCCGGCGCCGAUGCUGCCAUCUUGGAUCGCCGUGGAAACUCCAUCCUCCAUCUUGCUCUGCACAGGAGUGACGAGCAGAUGGUGCAGCUGUUGCUGCAUCAACUCUCACCGCAGCUACUAAGCAGGCUGCUCACCUCAUCUGACUGCGACGGGCUGUACCCAGUGCACCUGGCGGUGAAGGCGCGGAGCGAAGGCUUGGUGGAGCUGUUGCUGAGCAAGGGGUCCGAUGGCAACGUGGCUGAGCAGAAGAGCGGGCGGACACCACUACACCUGGCUGUGGAAAUCCAGAGCCUGAAGCUGGUCGGACAUCUGGUGGAGGCCGGUGUGGAUGUGGACCGACCAACGUUCCAGGGGAACACUGCGCUACACCUGGCUGCCGGCUACGGUUUCCCGGCCCUCACCGCCAUACUGCUCGGGGCAGGAGCUGAUCGUGAUGUGGAGAACUAUGAGCCGCUGCUGGACUCUGAGGAAGAGGAUGAUGCAGACGUGGACAUCAGCCGUGGACACACGCCGCUCGACAUCACCAGCGAUCAGAAGGUGCGGGAUAUUUUACAAGGAAUUUCGUGUAACUGGGAGGAGCAGAGUGUGAAGUCGGCUGAUGUUCAGCAAGGCAGUAUUGCAUCCCUGGGUUCGGAAGCAUUGGGAGAGCUGAACGAAGUGUUGAACCAGGAAGUUUCAGGGGCUGACUGGAUGAAACUGGCAGAGAAGCUGGGCCUCGGCUCACUCAGCAAGCUGCUCCAAAGUGCUGUGUCUCCAAGCAAGUCACUGCUGGACAACUUUGAUAUUUCAGGUGGAACGAUUAAACAAUUAAUUGAAGCCCUCCAGCAGCUGGGCUGGGAGAAAGCCAUGAAUAUUAUCCAGAAAACAGACAUUUACAAAGCGCUUCAGUGCUCAGAUGGGAAGCAGUCGGUGGACAGUGCCUAUGAAAGUGAGUCGCAGAAGGACAUCGAUGCAAAGGAUAACUUGUCCAUCGCAGUCUAAAUUGGUGACCAUCUGGUUUAACCGGGAACAGGAUCUGGCACGACGAAACGGAGAGACUAAAAUUACUUUGUCAUUCCCGCCAAAUGUAGAUAGUAGGGGAACAGUCGACAUAACUCUAUUCGCCCCUUGCCUGCAGUAAGAAAAGUGAUUGUGAAUGUUUGGAUCAGGCCGGCUCCAUACUUAUUGACUUGCGGCUUUCGAUGUUUGUGGAGGAGAGUUGGAUUAAGUGAUCUAUUCAGACAUCAGACGAGGGACCUCUGUGCUGAAGGAGGAAGGACGAGGAGACAUGGCGCUGGACAUGUGCAGAUGUAGUCGGGAGAUGCCUCUUCAUUUAAAGGGUCGAUGUUGUGCCUUUGUGCAAUGAGGAAGGACUGAAGGCAAUCACAGUCAUAACGUUUUACAGGAUAAAAACAGGCCCUUUGGCCCACCAUGCCUAUUCCCACCAUCGUGCCAUCGUGACUAAUCCCAUUUGUCUGCAUAAAUCGCCUUACAAGAUGCGGGCCAAAUGGUGUUUAGCUGCCUCUUGGAACAACUUCUCCCUUAUCCCCUCCCCUGACGCUGCCUCUCUCUGAAUGUGUGUCUUCUGUGAUUGUGGUUGUGGUGAAAAGCCCCGUUUCUGGCGAUAUCAACCAAUGCCGGUGAUACUUUAGGGACGACCUUGCAGAGUCGGCAAGGGGAAUACGUGGGCCGAUUCACUUCCGGGCGCACGAAAAUCAAAGUAAACAGCUGGCAUCCGCACCCUUUGGCUUGGUGUGAAUGUUUUAUAAAAUUAAAGGAGUUGAUGACUCCCUUUGAAUCUUUAUGUUGCAAAAGAACGUGGAAGACCACACCAUCCCAGAGUAGACUUUGUCCGAGUCGGUAGGUGAGGGUUUGGACCAGUGGUUGCUGUCAGAUGGACUCGGCAGUCCUGCGGCCAUGAGUUCUUGUCUUUAUGUAUCAUAUGAUGUACUGUGUGAAAAUGAUAAGACAAGGGAGUGAAUCUAUGAGCUGCUGCUGAUAUAUAAUGUGGGGUGUUUAGUGUGGGAGACUGUGGACACAUGAUCACAUGCUCAAAGCUGAUACUUUACCGAACUGACCUGAUAAUAAACAAUAAAAAUGUGCCGAUGAUUGCCAAAA